AUGUUUUUGUUGAAAGAAGCUAAUUCGUAUGAAGGCUUAGUGGAAACGAAGCGGAACCCUAUAAUGCGCCUGUGUGGGCUUCUCCCCCUGAUACUAAUCAAAAUUGCAUACUCAUUUAAAGUGAUGAAAAUUAUUAUCCCAAACACGAGUGGUCUGAACGUUGUGGAUAGCAACUUCGAGCCAAAAUACUUCAUCAAAAAUAAGUUACGUUUUGUUAGUCCCUAUGUGUACACAUAUAAGCUGUAUACGAAAAAACGAUGGAUUGGGAAAAAAAUUGCAGAUGUUCUGACCUCCGAAUUUUGUGCGUACGAUUUAAGCUACAUCAAGGAAUCUAUAAAAAAAGGCUACAUAAAAGUAAAUCAGGAAAAGGUGUCCUGUGAUUAUCUCUUAAGAAGCAAUGACCUAAUCCAACAUAAACUCCUUCUGUUCGAGAAACCAGUCAUAUGUAAUAAUAUAUUAAUUCUUUACGAAGAUAAAAAUUUUAUUUGUGUGUAUAAGUCUGCUAGUAUGCCUACCCACCCUGUUGGCUUCUACCAGUAUAACUCCCUGCUGCGAAUUUUGCAAAAUUAUAUCAGCUCGAGUUUACGAAAGGGGCAAGUCUCCUCUCAGGAGGGCAACACUGGGGAGAAUAACUUUGGGGGGAAUAACUUUGGGGGGAAUAACUUUGGGGGGAAUAACUUUGGGGAGAAUAACUCCGGGCAGAAUAACUCCGCGCAGAAUAACUCUCAGGGGGACAUCUCCCGAGAGACAAACCCAAAGGACGGCCAGGCAGAACGGAACGAAGGGGACGUCAUCAAAAUCAGCUUCAAUUUUAAGAAAGCCAAUUUUAGGGACAUUCCUGGGGUGGGGCCCCCCUCUUCUCCUCAGGAGGAACCCCAACAAGGGGAGGAAGCCAAGGGAGAGAACGCGGGAGAUAACGAGAGAAAUAGCGAGGCAGACCUGGGGAAGAGACACACAGGAGGAUACACCACUGACAAGCGCGCAGAUGUGGCAGAAAACGUGAAGAAAAGAAAACAAACAAAAACGCUUCUAGAUGAUAAUAACUGCCUGAACGAGUCAGGUCAAAAUCGUAAAAAAGUAAACACAAAUUUAAAAGGUGACAAUUCCAAUGGGGAUGAUUAUCUCACCAAGCAGAGAGAUCUAAACGGGGGGACAGGACAAACUGGGGUGUUAAACGGGAGCGUACUCUCCUUGAACGAAGUAGGACGCGUGCCAGCAGGUAGCAGCGGCUCUACUGAAGAGGGAAACAGGAAGAACGAAGGAAGGGCCAACGAGGGAGAGGCCAACGAGGGAGAGGCCAACGAAGGAAGGGCCAACGAAGGACAGGCCAACGAAGGCAGGUCAGCAAAACCGCCUGUACCGCCCAUAUCAGAGAACGCGCAACACCGGGGCAAACACCCCAAGUGCAGGAAUAACGAAAGGAAAGACAAACAGGAAAAGGACGAGUCCUACAUUUACACACUGCACAGACUGGACAAGCUAACUUCAGGCAUUGUCCUGUUUGGGAAGAAUAAAAAUUUUUCCACCUUUUUCUCACAAAACAUCUCAAAUAAUAGCAUAAAAAAGUCCUACAUUACGAGAGUAGAGGGAGACUUCCGUACCCUCAUUAGGACACUCAUGGCUGAAAAAAAAGUGAUUAACGACAGGGACAACAAAACCUUGAAUGAGUUAGUAGAAGAAUACUGCUCUGUUGGUAAGGACGAUUCGCCUCUCUCAUUCAAUGACGCCAAUUCGUUUAAAAACGACAUUUUCCUGCACAGAAAUAGGUACUGCGAGGAGGGCACCCUCAGUGGCGAGGGCGACAUGGAGGCCUUGGCGAGCAUCGUGCGCGAAAAGAGGAACUACCUACGGGAUGACUUCGACGUGGAGAAAUUCGAAUUGGGAGGUGCAGAAGGGGGGGAAGAAGCGGGUGCAGACGGAAGGCGCGCAGAUAGCAACCCAGGAGAGAGUAACCGCGAACACUGUAACCGCGAUGCCGAGGAGGACGACCCCCUCCGACAACACUUCGUCGUCGACUUCGGAUACAUGUACUGCGAAAACAAGAAGCUGCUCAAGUACGUAUUUACAAAGUACUCACAGAGGAACCGCCAAAUCGCGGAGGAGUACUGCCUGAAACCAAGCAUCACUCGAUUCAUGUUCCUGUCGUACAACCCCGAGUUGAAAGAGUCACUCGUUUUGUGUCAACCCAUAACCGGAAGGACCCACCAGAUAAGGGCCCACCUGAAGAGCCUGUCCUUCCCAAUAUCGAACGACGCUCAGUAUAAUGACAACUUCGCCAAGGAGUACAUGGAGAAGUCAGUAUAUUUGCACUUUCACGAGGGGGAGCAGCAGCCGGUGGAAGAAGGCGUGCCCACCAAGCAGGACCCAAAUGGGACAGAAAGAGGCUCAUGUGAUGAGCUAAGCUCUGCAUCGACUGCCAAACCGAACACGGACAAGAAAGAAAACCUCGAGAAAUACACCCACUUCCCUCUCAUCCCAUUCUUAAAUACAUCCUUCCAUUGGCUCUACGACGAAAAAAUCGAUUUGAACGACACAUAUAACGAAGCAGAUUUGAAUAGCUAUUUUUUUAAAAGAAUUAGCAACAUCACAUAUCACAGCUCGGGUAUAUUCCUGCACUCCUUUCGAUACACAUGGGAAAACGUGUUUGAUGUUUUUACGCUUCUUCCAAAGUGGUGUUCUUUGUUUUACCUUCCCAAGGGUUUACUCACAUUUUUGCUGUACGGCUCUCUAUCGUAA